AAGUGUUAACCCUACGUUGCUGACAGCAGAGCUUCCCCGGCUCAUUCUCCCUUUCCCUCUCCAUCUCCGUGGAUGCUCUUUGCAGAAGGGCUGAGGAUUUAAAGCGACGGAGCAGCCCUGCCUAAAAUAGCGAGGGAUAGAGCGCAAAUCCACAGCUAGAAUACUAAGAGCCUCCCCAAUCCCCGCUGUAGCCGGCAGCCACUCAGCCAGGAGCUCCGAGACAGGCAAGAAAGCAAAAAAUCAAAGAGCGAGAGAGAGAGGGAAGUCCCAAAACCCCCAGAGUUCCACCUCCUCCAGGGCGCAUUCUCCACCAGAGGUGGCAGUGGAACCUUCAAGUCAUUUCAGGUCUGGAGACUGUGGACAACAUCAAACUUGAGGCAGGUCACGCCGUUCCCACUGGUUUUGUCCCUCUACCCCCCCCCACCGGUCCCUUUGGUGGGUUUUUCUGGGAACUGUGUGGAUUACAGAAGGGGGGUCAGUUUAUGCCAAGGCUGAGGGACCUUCCCUGGCAUCUCUGAACCUGAGCCGCUCUACAGACCUUCUGGAGAAGAGACAGCACCUGGGAGCACCAUGGCAUCGACAGAAGGUGCCAACAACACGCCCAAGCAAGUGGAGGUACGAAUGCACGAAAGCCAUUUGGUAACGGAGGAAACUCGGCCAAGGUCGCCGUGCCUGCGGAUAUGCGACAAAAUUCGAGGGAACCUCCUGCUCUCCUUGACAGUAUUCGGUGUUAUUAUGGGAGCAGUGUCCGGGGGGCUGCUGAGAAUGGCCUCCCCCAUCCAUCCCGAUAUUGUCAUGGUGAUAGCGUUCCCUGGAGACAUUCUCAUGAGGAUGCUGAAGAUGCUGAUCCUUCCCCUGAUCAUUUCCAGUUUGAUUACAGGACUUGCGGGCUUGGAUGCUAAGUCAAGUGGCCGCCUUGGAACGAGGGCUAUGAUCUACUACAUGUCCACCACCAUCAUUGCUGCUAUUUUGGGUGUCAUCUUGGUCUUGGCCAUUCAUCCAGGAGACCCCAAGCUUAAAAAGCAACUUGGGAAGGGUCAAGAGAAUGACGAGGUCUCCAGUCUGGACGCUUUUCUGGAUCUGAUCCGGAACCUGUUUCCCGAGAAUCUGGUGCAGGCUUGUUUCCAGCAGAUCCAGACAGUCACCAAGAAGGUGGUGGUUGAAGCUCCUACAGAGGAACCUUCCAAUGUGACAGACUCUGUCUUCGCUCUGAUGAACGACACAGUGGCUACAACUACAGAGGAGAUCAGGAAGAAGCUGGAGUUUAAAGAUGGCAUGAAUGUCCUGGGUGUAAUUGGCUUCUUCAUUGCCUUCGGUAUCGCCAUGGGAAAGAUGGGGGAGCAAGCCAGGCUGAUGGUCGAGUUUUUCAACAUCUUGAAUGAGAUAGUGAUGAAACUGGUGACGAUGAUUAUGUGGUACUCACCUCUUGGUAUUGCCUGCCUCAUCUGCGGGAAGAUUAUUGCCAUUAAAGACUUGGAGCUGGUCGCUAGGCAAUUAGGAAUGUACAUGGUAACAGUCAUCGUGGGCCUCAUUAUCCACGGGGCCAUAUUCCUGCCGCUGCUCUACUUUGUGAUAACCAGGAAGAGCCCCUUCACCUUCUUGGCUGGAGUCUUCCAGGCUUGGAUAACAGCUUUGGGCACCGCUUCCAGUGCUGGGACCCUGCCCGUCACCUUCCGCUGCCUGGAGGAGAAUUUGGGCAUCGACAAGCGGGUGACAAGGUUCGUUCUUCCUGUUGGCGCCACGAUAAACAUGGACGGGACUGCCCUGUAUGAGGCCGUGGCUGCCAUUUUUAUCGCACAGAUGAACGGAGUAAUAUUGGAUGGUGGGCAGAUCAUAACAGUAAGCUUGACAGCCACGUUGGCUAGCGUCGGAGCAGCCAGCAUCCCCAGCGCUGGGCUAGUCACUAUGCUUCUUAUCCUGACGGCUGUAGGCCUUCCCACCCAGGACAUCAGCCUGCUUGUUGCUGUAGACUGGCUCUUGGACCGAAUGAGGACUUCUGUCAACGUUGUGGGCGAUUCCUUUGGUGCCGGCAUAGUCUACCACCUUUCCAAGGCCGAGCUGGAGAGUCUGGACAAGCAGCAUGCCCAUCAGGAAAUCGAAAUGACCAAGACUCAGUCCAUUUACGACGACAUGAAGAAUCACAGAGAGAACAACUCCAACCAGUGCAUUUAUGCCGCCCACAAUUCCGUGCCAGUAGAUGACUGCAAGGUCACGCUGGCAAACAAUGGCAAAACUGCCGACUUCAACGCCGUGGUGGAAGAGCCACUGGAAGGGUGAAAGGACGAGGAGUCUCAGCUGAUCUUCAUGAAGACCCUUAGCAUACGGUUUAUGACACGACUGUCUCAUUAGUAACCCAGCACAAAUCCAUUUACAGCCACACUACAGAGAAACUUUCGGACAUGGACUUCCAUUUUGUGCACCUUGUGGGCGGGGCGACGAGGCCAAUGUUGGUACAAAGCAAAUGAGCGUUUGCUCGUAGGGACUCAGGUAAAAACCAUUCAGCGUCUGGAAAGCUUACGGUAUUCAGGGCAGCGUUCAGUGUUCAAACAUUCCGUUUUGUGGUCUCGUGUACAGGAUCUCACCUCUGAUUCGUCACAAUAGUGUUACAUUUUAGCUCCACCCUCACUGGAUACUGAUGUGAAUAUUCCUUGUCCCUAUUGGCUGCUGCUGCGAAUUUUUUCCAAGUUACACGACUCCCGAUUGGUGAAAACCCAGUGCAUUGUUGGCGCAACUGCAAGAUGGCGGCUCUCCUUCAAGCCGACGCAGUUGCACCAGCAAAAGCCACUGAAAACUGUUGUCGUGGGAAAUGUGGAGUUGUUUUUGACUAGAUAUAUAUAGAUAUAGAUAGGUGAUAUAGUUGAUUUAUGUACAGAUGAGGAUUUUUUUUUCAUUUCGGGGAAUUCUAAAUAAUUCGAUUUUUCUGUGGUGUAAACUAAAAAACAAAAUGGCUAUAAAAGUUUCUCUUAGGAUAAAUAUAUAGUUUAGAGUAGAUAUUAGAAGGUGAUUUUCCCACUCCAGUGUCAGUAGUGUACAUAAUAGGUAGGCAGUUGGUAAACAAAAGCAAUGGCGGCUUCUAAAUGUACAACCCCCAGCAGCCACUGACAGAUGAGGCCCCGAGGUCCCGUGCCUGAAUCAGAGGCCUCUGUGGAUAAUAAAAGAAAAGCCGCAGCCUCACAGUACAAACAGGCCCCUUGAUAUCGCUCAGGCUAAGACUUCCUGGUGACAGUUGCCAUGGUGAUUGUGUCCUUUAGCACCUCAGGCCUCCAUGUUUGCACAUAGGCCUGAGACAUGUUGUAUUAACACAUUAAACCCGACAGCUCUAACCACAUAACCUCAGCACACACACAAUCCCACGCCUCCUUCCCGUGUCCCUAUUGAUACGGCAGUUGGGCCUGGCAGUUUCUCUCACAGCGACCCUGACGGGUUGAUUGAUGUAGUUUGUUUAUUGAUGUGGAAUUGUCUGCAAGGUGGCAGAGACCUGGAUUUACACCAAGCACAGAGAAGCUGCUGAAAUGUUUAGAUAUAUAUGUAGCACAUAAGCAAGUAAGGAAAUCCCUCCCACUGGACUGUGAAUAUUUGGCUUUAAAGGGGGAGUUUGAAAUCUGGAUGUUACAGUAAGUGGGCGAAGGUGUCUUCAUCUUAGGAUGAUACAAAUAUGUGCAUGAUGUGUUCUCCUACAUAUAUUUCAAUGUGCAGUCGGGGCCCUUUAUACUCCUGGAAACCCCACAGCCGUUGCAGGGUCUACUUUCCCUUUAUACUCCUGGAAACCCCACAGCCGUUGCAGGGUCUACUUUCCCUUUAUACCCCUGGAAACCCCACAGCCGUUGCAGGGUCUACUUUCCCUUUAUACCCCUGGAAACCCCACAGCCGUUGCAGGGUCUACUUUCCCUUUAUACUCCUGGAAACCCCACAGCCGUUGCAGGGUCUACUUUCCCUUUAUACCCCUGGAAACCCCACAGCCGUUGCAGGGUCUACUUUCCCUUUAUACUCCUGGAAACCCCCACAGCCGUUGCAGGGUCUACUUUCCCUUUAUACCCCUGGAAACCCCACAGCCGUUGCAGGGUCUACUUUCCCUUUAUACCCCUGGAAACCCCACAGCCGUUGCAGGGUCUACUUUCCCUUUAUACCUCUGGAAACCCCACAGCCGUUGCAGGGUCUACUUUCCCUUUAUACUCCUGGAAACCCCACAGCCGUUGCAGGGUCUACUUUCCCUUUAUACUCCUGGAAACCCCACAGCCGUUGCAGGGUCUACUUUCCCUUUAUACCCCUGGAAACCCCACAGCCGUUGCAGGGUCUACUUUCCCUUUAUACCCCUGGAAACCCCACAGCCGUUGCAGGGUCUACUUUCCCUUUAUACCUCUGGAAACCCCACAGCCGUUGCAGGGUCUACUUUCCCUUUAUACCUCUGGAAACCCCACAGCCGUUGCAGGGUCUACUUUCCCUUUAUACCCCUGGAAACCCCACAGCCGUUGCAGGGUCUACUUUCCCUUUAUACCCCUGGAAACCCCACAGCCGUUGCAGGGUCUACUUUCCCUUUAUACCCCUGGAAACCCCACAGCCGUUGCAGGGUCUACUUUCCCUUUAUACCUCUGGAAACCCCACAGCCAUUGCAGGGUCUACUUUCCCUUUAUACCCCUGGAAACCCCACAGCCAUUGCAGGGUCUACUUUCCCUUUAUACCCCUGGAAACCCCACAGCCGUUGCAGGGUCUACUUUCCCUUUAUACCCCUGGAAACCCCACAGCCGUUGCAGGGUCUACUUUCCCUUUAUACCCCUGGAAACCCCACAGCCAUUGCAGGGUCUACUUUCCCUUUAUACUCCUGGAAACCCCACAGCCAUUGCAGGGUCUACUUUCCCUUUAUACCCCUGGAAACCCCACAGCCGUUGCGGGGUCUACUUUCCCUUUAUACCCCUGGAAACCCCACAACACUUGCAGGGUCUACUUUCCCUUUACAUCCCUGCAAUCACCUCAGCAGUCCCAGCCUAUUCUUUCCCCCUUUGCUACUAUAUCUUUAAACAUGUAAUUGUAUUGGAGUGAUGGUGAAAAUAUAGAUUUCUCUGUUUUCAAUGGAGUUUCCUAGACCUUUAGCCAAAGGAGUGGAUAAAGCACAAGCCUCACAGACUGAGCACAAAAGAAAGUUAAUGUAAAGCACAGAACUGAAGCACAUACAGGGAAGUCUGUCUGUCCCAGUAAUGACAUUUACACCCUAUGGACACCUUGCACCUUGAUGUACUUACUGUAGGGAUUAUCUAUUGGCAUGCAGUGCUACUAAUAUAGUAUAUAAUACAUGCAAUAACGAGUGCAAUGUAUGUUUAAGCCCUGGUAACCCAUACCAGCCAGUCAAUACCACCAAGGUUAAUCUGCUUUAUAACCUAAUCUGCUAUAUUACCUAUAACGAGUGUCAUUUCUAAAAGCAACGACAAAUUGAAUAGGAAACACUAUUUUGGAUACAUAUCAAGUCAUACAGUUUACAGGGUGCAGACCAAUGAUAUGCCUUUAGAAUUUUGGACCAAAUGAUUAAAACUCUAUAGUUUAUUUAACCAAUUGCGUGUUGGAGGUUCUAGAGAAUAACAAAAAGAUGGGGUACUUAACCAUAACAAAUACAUUCCUGCCCUUUUAUAUAACUACUUCUUAGAUGAAUACGCAGUAUAUUUUUGGAGUGACAACUCAACCCUACCUCUCUGUCUCGUUCCCUUAGGCUUAGAAAUGCAUAUAUAACUGGAUGAAUGGGACAGAAUGGUGCUUAGGAAUAUCAGUAAUAAUACUACUGCCUGUAGUACUUGUGGGGAAUGUUACCGAGUACUCAGAAACGCUACCUCAGACAGCCAGCUCAGUGAGUCUCCCUUUGGGCACACAUUGGCAGGAUAUAAUGGUUGCUAUGUACGACUGUGUGACAUAUAGAGGUUAACAGUACAACAGUUUCACUGCCACUCAGAGACCACAGUAGCAAUUAGCAGAAGGAAAAUGUUGAGCAAUGAUCUAAAUGAUUCUGCCAGGAACCAGAAAGGUAGAUUUGGCCCGGGACCCCCUUAGCCAAUAACCACAUUAUAAAAACAUUGUAUCAGUCAUUCAGCAAUCCUCCUAUGAAUAGUGUUUACCCCAAGUCAUGAUUUAAUGGAGUUUCAAAGUAGCUUUCUAGUAUCUGAGAUAUAAAAAAAAUGGUUCUACAAAAACAGGUCCCUAAGUGGCCUGUAAGCCCCCAGUCCUGAUGGCCAUAAACAACUCCAGAUGAGUCCUUGCUUGAGAAAAGCAGAAAUCUCAAUCUAAAUUGUUUUCUAAAUGGGAGCGCUCCUUGGUUACAAUGUGGUGACGGUGACUCUUGUCCUGUGCUGUAGAUAAUAGGGGUUAUAUACCCCAUUCUACAUGAUCCUCAACUGGCUACACCAAUGAGGACAUUGAUCAAAACUUGAAAAUUCUUCUUGGGUUGUCUUGCCUAUCAAAAAUGACUUGACAUUUUUGUGGUUAUCUAUCAUUCGUCACCUGAAUUUUGCCCAAUAUCCAAACACCCAAGACGCACACAAGGUUUCCAUUGACUUUAAUGCUACCAAACAACUCCUGAGAAAUCUAAAGAAAGAGGGGGGUGAUUUGAAGAUUUCCAAUAAACCCAAGCAAUGAUAUUUUGAUGGAUCUCGGCAGCUUUGAGCUCCCAAAAAAUUGAAGAAGUAAAGCUAUUUUUUUUAGUUGAGAACAACAUAAAUUCCAUGUAGGUUCAUGAUCAGUUGCUCCUCAGAUUUUGGUGAUGCAUCAAAUACAUCCCAGCUAAAGCUUUCAUGAGCAAUAUGGACUGCAGCUUCCAUUAUGCUCCGACAAUGUUGGGUUGGGUUUGUAGGCCAAAAUAAAUCAACACCUGAUAACCCUUUGCAAGAUUCCUGAACUUUGUCUUUUCAUCACGACACGUAGAGUUACAAUUAUCUUUUCCUGCCCCUGAAUGAGCCAACCCACUGUGGUCUCUGAAGUUUGGAGGUGAUGACAGUCGGUGACGGCACUCAUUUCAUCAACAUUCCGCUGUCCCCUCAAGGGGAUCCUGAUCCCUCUUUCCCAGAGACCCGUUGAAAGUCCAACAUUCCCCAACAGUCCUACAGGCCGUAGAAGCACAGUUGUGUCCAAACGCCGUAGCGCAGCUAUUUUUGUAACUGGAAGCCGGUUUGUUCCGCUAUGUAUUGAUAGGUAUAGUCGCAUGACGUUUCUAAAUCCAGUUUUUUGACACUUUGUGCCAGCAUGUAGUAAGUGCCUAACGCACUUCCAAUCGAUGAUGUAGGUAUCCAUGUGUAAUUUCAGUGAAAUGGUGAUAUUAGGCGUGUUUUUACAAUGCAAUAGAAAUAAAGUGUUUUAUUUAUUUAUUUAUUUUUUGCAAACAGAAGGGGGGGGGGGCGGACAAAAAGGUAUUUCUAUAUAACUCCAAUACCUUAUCCUAAUACCCUGUGUGUAUAUAGAUAUAUACAUAUAUAUAUACAGCUGAUGUGUUGUAAAUAUCUCGGUUACACGGUUACACAAGCAACAAUAUUUGUGACGUCACUAGAUGAGUAGCUGUAGCGCAUUGUGAUUUGUUGUUGGCUGAAUAAUGACUAGUGAUCUAAACGUGCAAUAGAAACGAGUUUAGGAGCUAGGUAGUCUUAGACGGGUUAGUCUGUUUCAGCAUUAGGCAGAUAGUGUUAGUAAAAUAAGCACAAAUGUAGUUCUUUAAUAUAUUGAAAUGAUUCAUGUGAUUGGUUGGGUCCUUUUAGAAGCUUCUGGUCAGGAUAGGGGAGGGGUCAUUACAGUCUGUAGCUUUCAUAUUUCUCCUAUAUUUUGAAACUGGGGCAAAUCUACUAGAUUAUCAGAGACAUUAGUUGUCAUCCUGGAACUGAGAUCUCCGGUCUCAACUACAUGUCAAGAUGGUGACUCCCACUGUUGUCAAAGCCAAAUCCAAGGAUCUGUAAUGGAGAUAUCACUCAAUCACUGGACUGUGACUCUGGAAGGUCUACUGUGAUGUGUUGAAGGUCAGAAAACAUAAGUCCCAGGUACAGAAAUGGUUACUGACUAGCAGUGUGGGUUCCACCAGACCCUAGACAAUUAAGAGCAGGUUCUUUCUUCCCUUAGAAAAUACUCCAGUAGUCGUUGGUCAUGUUUGAUAGUAAUAUACUAACCAGCAUGCCUUCUGUGGAUCUUUAAAAGCUUUCUUAUCCUUAACUACAUACUGGACACGUAUUUUUGUAAAGUGAAAGCAGGUUCUGGUGCUCAAAAACAUACUAGCUGCCAAGUUCCUGUGACAACAAGGCCUUUAUUUCUAAAGAAGGCCAAUCAAAGAAGAUGCCUGACCUGGAGGAGAACUGAAUUCUGCUAAAAUAAAUUAUGAUGGUGGACAUCAACUUAAUUACUCUGGAGGGCAAGGCCCAUGUAAAGGGAGAGUAGGCUAUGGCCAUCUAUUUGGGGCACCCAUAAGCCAUAUUAUUCCAAAUGGUUAUAAAGUUGUACCACCUAUGAGGCAACUAUGAUCAACGUCUAUCAAAUAAUUGCCCCACCCCCCCAAAUCUCUCUUCUGGCAUCUUACUCUCUCGUUUUUGGAAUGUAAUUUGUAAAGCAGUGAACAAAAAUUAGGUAAUAGCUGUUCUUAAUGUUAUGAAGAAGGCCUGUUAGCGAUAUUGCAAGAUGGUCCUAUUGUGGUGGUUACCCAGUCAACUGCUGAUGGUGGUAUCAUAGCUCCAGAAGAAAUACUUUUUUGGUUAAGAAAUGUACGUUCUUUGCCAAUGAGUGUGUGUUUUUAAGCAGGAAUCACCUGGUAAUAGCUUGAGUUGGCGCCUUUUGGGGUAUAGGAGCAAUUUGGGGUAUAGGAGCAAAGUAAUACCAUAUCAUUAUGGGAAUAAUGGUUCAUUGCUGCUAUAACUCAUGUUACCAUUUGUAAAGUAGGGGGUUCACCAAAUUCAUCCAUUUGGAAAUACCAAACUGAAUCUAAACUCUAAUUUGCGGAAUCAGAUUUGAGCUAAAUAAAAAAAAUGGCAUUAACGGUCAUUAAAUUGCCGACGCUGGAUCAUUAUUGUUCCAUUUCCAUGGAUUUAGUUGGCCUUCUCCAAUGGGUUUUGACAGAGAUAAGGAAAAAAAAUGUUACUGGAUGAUUCGUCUUUAUAAAAUGGGCUUGGGCUUCUGUUCAGAACACAUAGGGGCACAUUUACUAAUCCUCGAAUCCCGAAUGGGAAAAAAUCGGAUUGGAAACGAAAAUUUAGCGAUUUUUUUCGUCGCUGUCGUGGGUUUUUCGUAUUUUGCGGGACUUUUUUCGUUGCCGUCACGACUUUAUCGUAUUUUGUGUGAUUUUUUCGACGCCGUCACGACUUUAUCGUAUUUUGAGCAAUUUUUUCUGUCGCCGUCGCGAUUUUUUCGUAUUGAGCAAUUGUAAACGGCGGAAAAACCAAUCCGAACUUUUCGCGACGGCGCUGAAAAGGUUACGGAAAAUAUACGAUAAAGUCGUAACGGCGAUGAAAAAGUCGCGUAAAAUACAAAACAACCGGGACGGCGAUGAAAAAAAUCGCAAAAGUACCGAUCAUUACGAAAAAAGCGUAUUCGGACGCUUUUGGACGUUUGUGGAUUAGUAAAUGUGCCCCUAAGCGUCUAGCCCACCAGUGUGUAUGGUGUCACCAAACAGCGGAACCACCACUAGUUGCUCCGAACUGAAUUAAACUAAUCAAUAACUGUUGUGUCCUUUACACCUUCCAUCUCUACAGUAUUGACUAGAUCAGUGGUUCCCAACCUUCCUAAUGCCGCGACCCUUUAAUACAGUUCCUCGUGUUUUGGUGACCCCCCAACCAUAAAAUUAUUCCUAAGACCGUCGGAAAUAUGUGUUUUCCGAUGGGCUUAGGCGACCCCUGUGAAAGGGUCGUUCGACCCCCAAAGGGGUCCUGACCCACAGGUUGAGAACCACUGGAUUGGAUGAACAAUCACUUUCAUUUUGCUGCCUAAUGGGGGCGUCACUUUCUGAAGAUCCAAAACACGAAAACAACAUAAGGAAAGAGGCCCGUUAGUGAGUUCUGUCCUUUCGACUUACCUAAAAUGAAAAUAAUAAUAAUAAUAUGUGUAUGUUAGGUGUUACAGGGAUGGCUAUGAACUGGAUAUCCCAUCCCACCCUCCCUAUUUGGUUCUGUUGUCAUAGAAACCCCCCAUCCUCUUUGAAGUAUCCGUUACUAAUGUGAGUUAUAUAUAUACUGCCUUCGAGAUUUCUUUGAUUUUUUAGGAAGUGUCUUUGAUGCUUUCCAACCGUGUCACAUCAUUUUCUGUAUCUUAUGUAUAAAACUGGGAAUUCUUUAUACAUGACAAUGUGAAUAUAAUCUACUUUGCUAGGUGUUGUACCUCGGAUGUACAUAUUAAUAAAUGUUGGUAUAUAAGCUUC